GGUGGAAGCUAAACAGCCUUACAAAAUGCUUCUCCCAGGUUCUCCCUACAUCCGAUAUUCACCGGUGCACCACCGUCACCGGCAACUACUACUCGUCACCAACACCCUUAAAAAACCCAUCGCUCCACCACUCGCCGCCCGACGGUUUCACUUUCACGGAGUAGCCACCAGCAUCUUCAUGGCCACCGCUGCAGCUGCCGUAGUGAUAUUAUCAAGCUCCAUGUCGGCAAUCGCAAUCGAACCCAGAAACCCACCGCCAGACGCCGCCGAGACCCUUUCAAACAUACCGCAAACUCUGUCCGGCGAUUGCGUUCAGGGGCAAGAUGGGGAUUGCAAGAAGGCUAGGAUCCAAAAACCCAAAUCGAGGAAAGCGGAAUUGUGCACGAUAAAGUGCGUAACCACUUGUAUCCGCGGCGGAGAUGGGUCGCCUGGCGAAGGACCGAUCAAUGUUCGGCGACCUCUUGUUGUUUUCAAGCAAGGGUUUCGGACCCGCCAUUAUUGCUUGGUGGAGUGCUCCGAUAUCUGCAAUUUGAUUCGAGAUGGAGACGAUGGACCUUAAAGUAAUCUCUGCAAUAUUUUUCUUCGAUUUCUUGAGUUUGAUAGCUUUGUAAUACCAAUUUUAUGAUCAAUUGAACAAAGUUUACAGAGGUU